AUGGGAGCACAGACAGCCCAUGAUGAUGUAAACACCAUACGACAUCACUCAUCCCAAAAGGAAGUGACAACUUAUAAACACAAAGAACAGAAACAAAAGGAACAGAAAUACUGGAAGACAUGUAAGUUUUGUGGAAAACAGCAUGAGUUCAAGAAAGAGAAGUGUCCAGCAUAUCAGAAAACUUGUGAAAAUUGUGGUGAGAAGAAUCACUUCAGGAUAAAAUGCCCGAAAAAGAAACCUAAGUUUAGGAAGAAGGUGCACUAUGUAGAUGAUGAUUCAGAAUCUGAUGAGGAGUUGAUGACUGUAACUACUGGAGUUGGACGUAGAGCGGCAGCAUCGUCAAAGGCAACAAAUGGAAGUAGUAAUCAAAAGGAAGAGGAAGGUAAAGCGGCAGCAUCGUCAAAGGCAACAAAUGGAAGUAGUAAUCAAAAGGAAGAGGAAGGUAUAGUGGCAGCAUCGUCAAAUGCAUCAAAUGGAAGUAGUAAUCAAAAGGAAGAGGAAGGCAUAGUGGCAGCAUCGUCAAAUGCAUCAAAUGGAAAUAGUAAUAAAAAGGAACAGGAAGGUUCGUAUGUAUGA